AUGAAGUUCCUCAAGAUGAGGAGAAGGUUCCCCACUGUGAUCCCCAACAAGCCCAAGCGUCGUCAGAUUGAAGCAUCUGUAGUUGAGGAUUUUGUGCAUGAUUCGCUUGAACGAACUUUUGAAUCCAUCUGGCAGCAGAAUUCAGAUGUCCUGAAAGAUAGAGUAAUGAAAGAUAAACUUGACAAUGACAAUGAUGUUGAUUCGAAUUGCAGCAGUGAUGAUGAGGACAGGGACAGGGACAGGGAGGGGGAGGGGGAGGGGGAGGGGGAGAGAGGCGAGAAUCCAAUAGGAAAAGAGAUGUUGGUAUAG